AUGGCCAAGAAGCAGCAUAAGAAGCAGAAUGCCCUGGCCAAGGCAGCCCAUGAGGCAGCCGGUGUGAGCUUGUAUGGGCGGCAAGGCACGAUCAUGAACUCCGGCGAUGAGAGACUGCACAUGCUUUUGGAGAAGGACCAUGCAUUCCCCAAGAUGGGCAAAGCAUGGGUCCAAAAAGCUCACGUUGAGCGGCUGCAUGAGGGCCAGGAUAAGAAAGUCUGGAAAUGGGCCCAGAUGACCUUCUACAGGAAAUGGAAACAAGAGCGGCUCAUGGAGCUGGGUCUCUUGAGCGAUGACCUGGAUCAGCUUGAUGGGCUUGAUGAGGUCGCCAUCCUGCCAUACCCGGACAUUCCUGCCGGCGGCAUUGAGCUCCAGCACCUGCAUUUCGGAUGGGGGAUCUUGGUUUGGAGCAUGCUUGUGCACACAUUGCCAUGCAAGACCCUGGGUUUCAUUAGUCCUGGAUGGACACAACCGCUGUACCUGCAUCAUGAGAAUGCCAAAGUGGAUGUGGCAGCCUUCGUUGACUGCAUCAAAAAGCAGAUGAGUGCUCAUAAGCUGAACUUCCUGCCAUUGGGCUCUGGUGGGCACUGGGUUCUGCUCGUCAUAGAUGGUACACAUGAGUCUGGGACCCCUCAAGUGAGGUACUACGACUCCCUGCCAGAUGAGAGAGCGCAAUGCAGGGAUUAUGCCGAGAAGAUCCUGGCAUCCCUGCUGAGCAUGGGCCUGGUGCAUGAGGCAGUGCUGCCUCCUCGCAUGAACAGAGUCUUCCAAGGGAUUGAUGAGUGCGGCUUCCAUGUCCUGGCAGCCAUGGAGCAAGAGGCUGCAACAGCCAUGGGCUUCGGAAAGGCCUGUACUGGGUGGCCUGCACAUUCGGCCAAGAAGUGGCAUGAGCGGCUGCAUAAGAUCACAAAUGCUGUUCAUGCAGAGCAGAAGAAGCGACUGGAUGAGCUGAAACAGCAUAAGAAGAAGGAGGAGGCCCAUGGACAAAAGAUGCUGGGCCUCACUAAGAUGAGACAAGAACGGGAGCACAUGGCGGCCAUGGCUGAGAAACGCUGCUUGAGUUGUGAUGAGAAUAAGCUCUUGGCUUACUGGAUGAGAAAGGAAGCUCGGCGAUUGGGCAGAAACAUUGCCCAUGAGUACAAGCUGAGCUCGACCGGACAUGACCUCACCAAAUGA